AUGACUGAUCGGAUGAGGGAAAUGUUCUUGGCUGAAGUCGAUAAAGAAAGAUCAAUAGUGCAGAAAACGAUAGAUGAGCAAAAAGAGACUAUUGAAAAGUACAAAAAUGUCGGGAAAACUCUAGCCGAAUAUGUUAAGAAGUUGGAAACGCCGAUAUCUGCGAAAAUUUGUGAUGUUGCAUAUUUUUGUGAUGCUCACGUAGUUCGAACAAAUGAAGUAAUGGUCAAUUUGGGUGAUGAUUAUUUGGUAGAAUGUAGUUCUCAUACUGCAACCAAAAUUAUACAACGAAGAAUUGCAGGUGAGUUAAUUUUGAAAAUUGGUUCAAAUUUUGAUGAAAAAUAAUUUUAGAUUGUCAAAAAACAAUUGAUAAUGGUAAUGAAUUCAUCAAAAUGCUUGAUGAGAAAGUGGAAUAUACUGAUAAACUUUUUGGAGAACCUAAAAAUAAAGAUGAAGUCGAAAUUUGUGAACCUUACGAUGAAGAAAAAGAAGAAGAGUUCUACAAAAAUCGAAAAAUUCGCAACGAAUCUAAAAAAUCAUCAGAAGUUUCUCACGACGAAGCAAUGAAGAGAUUGGAAGAAUUAGAAAAACUUGAACUUGAAAACAAUGAAAUUGAACAAAAAUCAGAAGAGAACAUUGAAAAGGAGAUUGUGAUACAAAAUACGAAUGAAGUUGAAUUUCAAGAAACAAAAGAAGACGGAGAAAAUGACGGAGAAGAAGAAGAAGAAGAAGAAUAUGAUGAAAAGGAAAACUAUAUGAGGAUGCUGAAAAUGCCUGGAGUUAACGAAAAAGAUCUGGAAAAACUUUUGCAAUUUUUAGAAACAUGUGAUGGAUCAAGUUCAGAAGAGGAAGAAGACGAUGAUGAUAUAUAUGAAGGAGAUGAAGAAAAUGCUCUUGAUUCAGAUGAUUAUGAAAAUAAUGAAAUUGAAGAGAAAAAAACGGAGAAAAGUGUCGAAAUUAUUGAAAAAAUUGUGACAAGUACUGUUGAAAAAACGACAAAGAAAAAGAAAAGUUUGAAAUUCGCCAAAGAUUUGGAGAAAAUAAAACUAUUUCGGCAAACUGAUACCGUAAGUUUUUAAGAUAAAAAAGCAUUGAGGUUUUAAAAAUGUAAAAAAAAAGUAAUAUCUCAACAGCUUGAAAUGCAGAUGGAAGAUUUUUCAAAAAAAAUGUGAGCAAAAUUUGAAAUAAAUCCGCAUUUUUCUAGUUUUGGGAGAUUUGGAGCGAAAAGGUGUAGAAAAAUUUUCAAAAAAAUUUCAUUUUUGACUUAAGGUUGCCAUGGUGAAAGAUUAAUAAGAGAUUUUACAACAAAACAUUAGCUUUUGAUGAGGAAUUGCAAAGUUAGUAUCAAUUUGACACUUUAGCUAGAAUUUCGAUUAUUCAUUGCCAAAAUAAUUGUCUUCUAAUUAAUAUCAUUUUUCUUACUUACCAAAAAUAAUUCGCUGCUAUUUCGGCUAUUAGAAAUAUUCGAAAAUGAAACAUAAGAAUAUAAUUAUUUUUUUUUCAAUAGAAAUUUCACGCACGUGAAAUUUCUAUUAUUUAAAAUGUUCAAUUAAAUGUUUUGUUUUUCAGAUUGAAACUGAUAAAUCGACUCCAGAAAUCGAAACGAAAUCAAUAUUAAAAGUCAAAGAUCCAACACCAAUUGCUCCAGGCGCUUUAUCGACAAAUAUUGAGAAAAAAGAAAUAACAGUUAUGAGCGAAUGUUCAUUUCCUGGAAAAAUCUUCGAAAGAACUGAUCCAAUUUAUAGUAUGCCUUCAACAUCAAAAGAUGAACCUGAAAUUCCAGCAAAAAUAUCGAAAUUCCGACAAAGAAGAGCUGCUCGAUAA